AUGGACCGGAGUUGGAUAUCAAUGAAAAAUCCGGGUGACCCAGAAUAUCAGGCAGGUGUAAGGGAAUUCAUUAAGUUUUCAGUUAAGAAUGGCGGAGGCCGCUCCAAGCUACCUUGUCCUUGUUUCAUGUGCCAUAAUUUCAUGCAUAAGAGACUCGAGGAGAUACUGAAUCAUUUAGAUAGAUGGGGAUUUGAUAAAACAUAUACAUGUCGUAGUGAGGGAGAUAGGUUAGAGGAAAUGCUCCAUUUGGUCGAGGAAAAUUUUGAUGAAGAUCCUUCCAAAUUUCAGAGUUUGCUAAAUGACUCUGAAAAACCUUUGUAUAAAGGUUGCACUAAGUAUACGAAGUUGUCUGCAUUAAUUAGGUUGUAUAACGUGAAAGCUGGUAAUGGGUUGACUGAUGUAAGCUUUGAUAUGAUAUUGGACGUGUUCAAAGAUAUGCUUCCGGAUGAUAACGUCCUUCCAUGUCGUACAUAUGAGGCAAAAAAGUCCUUAAGCGUUAUGGGUUUACCUUAUGAGAAAAUUCAUGCUUUCCCUAACGAUUGCAUGUUGUAUAGAAAUGAGAAUGAGUCGUUACAUUGUUGCUCAGUUUGUAAUGCCUCGAGGUACAAGAAAGAGGAAGGACGGGUCCCGGCAAAGGUAUUGUGGUAUUUUCCAUUAAUACCCAAGUUUAAAAGGCUAUUUUCUAAUGCUGGAGAUGCCGAGAAGUUGACAUGGCAUUUUGAUGGUCUAGAAGAUGAUGGAAUGCUUAAACACCCAGCUGACUCCCCACAAUGGAAGUUUAUUGAUGGGAAAUUCCCCGAGUUUGCCAAAGAAAAGCGUAAUCUACGCCUUGCUUUGUCUACUGAUGGGUUCAAUCCAUUUGGCUCCUUGAGUAGCACUUACAGUACGUGGCCUGUUGUUUUGAUUACCUACAACUUAUCUCCCACACUUUGCAUGAAAAGAAGGUAUAUGAUGUUAUCAUUGUUGAUUUCUGGUCCAAGGCAGCGUGGUAAUGAUAUCGACGUGUAUUUGGCUCCUCUAAUCGAUGAUUUGAAGAUGCUCUGGGAAACAGGUGUAGAAGUGUUCCAUGCACAUCGAAAUGAGAAAUUCAACUUGAACGCAAUGUUGUUCUGCACAAUUCAAGAUUUUCCAGCAUAUGGUAAUCUUUCUGGUUAUACAGUUUACGGGGAAGCAGCAUGCCCCAUAUGCAUGGAGCAAUUCAAGGGACAAUGGUUGUACGGAUCAGGAAAACAUGUGUUUGAUAAAAAUCGUGUAUUUCUGCCAUGUGAUCAUCACUAUCGAAACAUGAAAAAGGCCUUCAAUGGGGAACAAGAAUUUAGAGGGCGUCCUAAGAUCAUGUCCGGUUUAGAGGUGUUUGAAAAGAUAAAAGAUAUCCAGAUCAUAUUUGGGAAGAAACAUCGAAAAUUUCUUCCUAAGCAGGGGUUUAAGAAGUGUUCAAAAUUGUGGAGCUUGCCAUAUUGGAGAUAUCUUUUUGUGAGGCACUCGCUUGAUGUGAUGCAUAUUGAGAAGAAUGUGUGUGAUAGUAUAAUUGGUACAUUAUUGAACAUCCCUGGGAAGACUAAAGAUGGACCAAAAGCUAGAGCUGACUUAAAGAACUUGGGGAUCAGAGAGGAACUCCAUGUUGUUGAGAAGGAGAGGGGUCGGAAAUACUUGCCUCCUGCUGGCUAUACACUGUCCAGGAAAGAGAAAAUCGAGUUAUGUGAGAGCUUGGCGGGAGUUAAAGUGCCACAGGGGUAUUCUUCUAACAUUCGCAACCUUGUAAACAUGGAAACCUUGAAGCUUGUGGGCCUUAAGUCUCAUGAUUGUCAUGUCUUAAUGCAACAAUUAUUACCUGUGGCUAUUCGUUCAAUUCUGCCUAAAAAUGUUCGACAUGCCAUUAUCAGACUGUGUUUAUUUUUUAAUGCGAUUUAUAGUAAAGUUAUUGAUCCUAAAGAUUUGAAAGCUUUGGAGGAUGAAAUUAUUAUAAUUCUAUGCCAAUUAGAGAUGUACCUUCCUCCAUCGUUUUUCGAUAUCAUGGUUCAUUUGACAGUUCACUUAGUAAGAGAGAUAAGGUUUUGUGGUCCGGUAUAUUUGAGAGCUCAAUGGGCUUUUGAAAGGCAAAUGAGAACAUACCAGGGAUAUGUCACAAAUGCUUAUCGACCUGAAGGUUGUAUUGCAGAACGACUUUCUUAUGAAGAAGUACUCGCGUAUGCUAGUGAAUUUGUGGUAAAUGCAAUGAAGAUAGGACUCCCAGUAUCUCGGCAUAGUGGAAGAUUGAAUGGUCAGGGGACCCUAGGUCGUAAACAGCUUGAUAUGUCUUAUGAAAACUAG